GCGCGCGCGCACUUGCACAAAUUGGAAGUGCUUUCGCCGCUAAAAGAUGGACAAUGGUAUGGACAGGCCCCAUAAUCCUAUAUACGGUAGAAGAGCUUGAGAGCCUGUUUAUUUAUUUAUAUUUAUAUGUAUGUAAAAUAAGGAGUUACUGGUCUUAAUCGUCCACAGAAAAGGAGAAGCGAAGCAGGCGAGCGCCUGGAGCAAGAAAUGCAAGAACAAUGCAAUGGAACGUAAAUUGCAUGUGGCCCUCCAGGUGUGGCUGAGCCACCAUCUCCAACAACAUAAGCCGGCAUUGCCACCGGAAAAAGGCUACGAGGGGAGAGUCCGCCACAUCUUGGUCAGCGAUCCACUCAGGGCUUGUAUGCACCGCCUCCCUUGGAAGUACAAAAGCUUUGGAAAUUUGAAAUACAUCUUGAAAAUCUCAAAUAAGUGUAAAUUAUGUUUGAGUGCGCAGAAAACAUUUGAUGUACCUUCCUCAUCUGGGAAGAAAGAACGACAAGUCAUUCAAUGCCUAACAUCGAAGACUCUCAAUUGGAGAGUGAUUCUGAAGAAAAUGGGCCCAAAACUGGAAGGAAGACUUCAGAAGUUAAUCUUCAUGGUACUGUAAAAUCAUUUUGUGCUCCAGGUACCUCAGGGGCCUCUCUGAGUUCUGGUGGGGACAGGCAUUAUCCGUGGGGAUGUCCUGUGACUCACACCCGAGAAAAGUUUUAUACCAUUUGUUCAGACUACGCUUUUUUAAAUCGGGUAACAUCUAUUUGCAAAAGCCCAAGUGCUACAGUGAGUGCCUGCUUACAAGACAGCUCUGCCUUAAACGAUGGAAAUAAUUCUGCUUUUAUUAGUGUUCGAACUGGACCUUCGGAUAUAGUUUACAACGAUGAUUCUAACCUGGAAAGUUUAUCCAUUAGUCUUGGGAAGCUGCCAUUGGCAUGGGAAAUUGAUAAGUCUGAAUUCAGUGAUACAUCCCCAGCUUUGAUGAAUCAAGCAGGAAACAUGAAGAAACAGGGAAGCAAGAAAACGGUUGUAGAUAAAAAAAGUAAACAAUACAGAGAAUGUCCACAGCAUUACACCCUUGAAGAAAUGAAGCCACGGAAAGUGUUAGAUCUCCGGCGAUGGUACUGCAUAAGUCGCCCCCAAUAUAAGACUUCCUGUGGGAUUUCGUCUCUAGUCUCAUGCUGGAAUUUCCUAUACAGCACAAUGGGAACUGGAAAUUUACCACCUAUUACUCAAGAAGAGGCUUUGCACAUACUGGGCAUUCAGCCACCAUUUGAAGAGAUAAGAUUUGGUCCAUUUACUGGAAAUACUACGUUGAUGAGGUGGUUCAGACAAAUUAAUGAUUAUUUCCAUGUAAAAGGGUGUUCCUAUUUUCUCUAUAAACCUCAUGGGAAGUAUAAGACUGCUGGAGAAACUGCUUCGGGAGCUUUAACAAAAUUAACACAAGGGCUGCGAGAUGAAUCAGUGGCAUAUAUUUAUCAUUGCCAAAAUCAUUAUUUUUGUCCAAUUGGAUUUGAAGCAACUCCAAUAAAGCCGAGCAAAGCAUAUAAGGGAUGUCUCUUACCGCAAGAUGUAGAACACUGGAUACUCAUUGGAGAGCCAAGCAGAAAACACCCCACUAUUCACUGCAAAAAGUGGGCAGACAUUGUAACAGAUUUAAACACUCAGAAUCCUGAAUAUUUAGAUAUUAGGCACCUGGAAAGGGGUCUUCAGUAUCGGAAGACAAAGAAGGUAGGAGGGAAUCUACAUUGUAUCAUUGCUCUUCAGAGGUUUAAUUGGCAUCGAUUUGGACCUUGGAACUUUCCACUUGGAAAUGUUCAGCAAGAACUGCAGCCUCCAUCUCCAACUCAGGGCUUAGCCAAAUCUGAGAGCGAAGACAACAUCUCCAAGAAGCAACAUGGGCGCCUUGGACGAUCGUUCAGUGCUAACUUCCAUCAAGUUUCUGUUUGGAGGAAGCUGUCUCAUCUUCAUGAAAGGCGGAAUAGUGGCCUUCAACAUUACGCCAACUGUGAUGGGAAAGACUAAAAAGGAAGGCUUCUUCAUCUGUGCUACUCUAGUACAUUCCUAAAGCAUGGUAAUAACUUAUUAUGCACAGAAACAGGAAUGUAGGGAGAUUUCAUAUAAAAUUCCUAGGAACGUUUGUUAUUUCAGUAUGUAAUUGGUAUAUAAUACAUUGUAAUUAUUAUAUAUUGGGAAUAACAAGAAAAGUUAGUUAAAAGAUAAGCACAGAGUACCAGUCAAUGGGCAAUCUAGUAUAAUGGCUAAUUGAUUUAUGUUUCAGACUAUCAAAUCAGAACAGAUGUAGAUCAAAUUCAUUUGUGGGCAGGAGAGUUCGUUAUAACAGUGAUACAGACUAUAGAUAAAGCAUGAGAUUAUUACCUUCCCAAAUUAUUUAUUAAUUGCAAACCAUAUAAUGAUGACAAAUGUGUAAAAUAUAUUUGCUUUUAUGUAUUUUCAAAAAUGCAAUCAAUUAUGGUACAAUUCAGAACUGACAAAACACUAAAUGUCAAUAUAUAAUUAAUUGAUGGUCUGUUGAUCAAUGGAAAUAUUGUUCUGUACAGUUUAAGCUGUUUGAGCUGGCAGUUCGUAAUUAAUAGGCAAGAAAUCUAAGGAAAGAUAAGUGACUAUCUGUUUCUUUUAGAAUUGGUCUAGUAUUAAAAAAGAAACCACCACUGCCAGUCAUAUCCUUUUCGUGUGACCUGAAUUCAGCUCUCAGUUGAUUGGCUCCUUUUAAAUAAAUCUCUCACACUCAUUUCAUAUGGUUAUCCAGUAAAUACCAAAACUUUCUGUGGUGGGCUGCAGUGAUUUCUUGUAAUGUUUGCAUUCUCUUUCACUUCACAACUUUGUUUGAUUGUUGAGGAAGAUGUUUAAGUGCCCAAAUAAACUGGCAGCCACAGCAAUAUACCUCUUCAGAGCACUCUUUGUAACUACUUUUUUCAAGUGAUCAUAUCGAAUAGUUUUAUUUGGGAGUAUAAUAUUGGUUCUCAUGGAAAAACCAUUUUAAUAAAAACGGUCUUUAUCCAUUGAU